CUAUUAGACUUGCUGGGGUCACGUGACGGGGUAUUAGCUCGCUGACUCUGCUAUGUUUAUCGUUUGUGCCAAUGUUAUAGAAAUGCUUAAUCUCUCGCCUUUAUCGGUUUACUGUCGUCGAGGGACGCCCUGUAGCCGCUCAAAGACCCGCUUUCAGGGACGCUAUUCGAGGAGUUUGAGUGCGAAAACGGCCACUGUCGGCCAACGCGUCACGUGACCAGCAUGCGGCGGAGCGUUUGAUAAAAAAGAUGGCGUGAGCGCGGAGGAGCCGAGAGGACAACAAGCCCCGAACCGCAGAGUACCGCCGACUGCUAGCUGCAGCGGCCGUCCUGUCACCAAAUGGAUCCUGGACAGGAUUUACUCCUCGCUGCUCUAAGUGAGAGUGGAAUUUGCCCAAAUGAUAUGGGUCUGUUUGAUGUUGAUUCUCAGGAUGUUACACAGCCAUCUACAGCCCAACAAUCUAUCUCCAUCAGUGCCCUGGAUGUGGGCGUGGGAGCAGACUCGGUGGAGGUUGUUCGACCUGAGCCUCAAACUACAGUCCCCAUUGUUACAAUCAGGCAUAAACCUCAGCCAUCAACCACCACAUUUGUCUUAAACCAGCUCAAUCAGUUGCCCUCACUCGGAACGACGGUGACCAAACAGUCGGUUACCAACCCAAUCAAACACACCAUAACAGUCACCAAGGUGGUCCACGUGGCUAAUUCAGCACUGCGAGAUUCCUCAACGCCGUCGUCCACAAGUGUUCCUCCUUCAGUGUCCACGAUAGUGCCUUCUAACAAAGAUCAGCAAAUCCAGCUGAAAGACCUUCUUCGGACGGGCGGUGUGAAGAGCACAGUCCUGAAGGGCAACAGCCUGAUGGAGCUCAUGAAGUUAAAGCCCCCACCAGACAUUGCUCCACCUGUGGCGACUGCCGCAGCCACCGGCCCAGGUGAAAUAAACAAUGGAAUCAAGAAGGAGGUGAUGGGUAAAGACACCACCAGGAUCUGGAUUAAGGAUGACCUGAAAAUGCAAAACUUCUCACACUCUUUGAAACCACCUGGGCUGACUGAGGAUGACGAGCCUGAGGAGGAAGAGGAAGAUGAGCUGGGUCAUACAGAGACAUAUGCGGAAUACAUGCCGAUGAAAUUGAGGAUCGGCCUGAGACAUCCAGAUCCAGUGGUGGAGACCAGCUCUCUGUCCAGUGUGAAUCCUCCAGACGUGUGGUACAGACUGACCAUCCCGGAGGAAAUCAUCGAUCGGGGCUGCUUAUCUGCGCUGCAGCUGGAAGCCAUCACAUAUGCAGCUCAGCAACAUGAAACAUUCCUCCCCAGCGGGGACCGGGCUGCGUACCUGAUCGGGGACGGAGCUGGUGUGGGAAAAGGCCGAACUAUUGCAGGGAUCAUUUAUGAGAAUUACCUUUUGGGCAGAAAGAGAUCAUUGUGGUUUAGUGUCUCAAAUGAUCUGAAGUAUGAUGCUGAGAGGGAUUUGAGAGAUAUCGGAGCAAAAAAUAUCCAGGUUCACUCACUGAACAAGUUCAAAUAUGGCAAAAUCUCCUCAAAACACAACGGGAGUGUGAAGAAAGGUGUGAUCUUCGCCACCUACUCGUCCUUGAUAGGAGAGAGCCAGUCAGGGGGGAAGUACAAGACCAGAUUUCAGCAGCUCCUCCACUGGUGUGGAGAGGACUUUGAUGGAGUCAUUGUCUAUGAUGAGUGUCAUAAAGCCAAAAAUGUGUGUCCCAUUGGAUCCUCCAAACCCACAAAAACUGGGCUGGCAGUUUUGGAGCUGCAGAACAAACUUCCCAAAGCGCGUGUUGUGUAUGCAAGCGCCACAGGUGCCUCCGAACCCCGAAACAUGGCGUAUAUGAACCGGCUGGGAAUUUGGGGCCACAAAACACCCUUCAGAGAAUUUGGGAAUUUUAUCCAAGCAGUGGAGCGCAGAGGCGUUGGCGCCAUGGAGAUAGUAGCUAUGGAUAUGAAGCUCAGAGGCAUGUACAUCGCGAGGCAGUUGAGUUUUACAGGUGUGACGUUCAAGAUCGAGGAGGUUCCCCUGACCAACAAAUACAUCAACAUGUACAACAAGUCUGUGAGGCUGUGGGUGAGCGCACGUGAGAAGUUCCAGCAGGCUGCGAACCUCAUGGAAGCAGAGCAGCGCAUGAAGAAGUCCAUGUGGGGCCAGUUCUGGUCCGCCCACCAGAGGUUCUUUAAAUAUCUCUGCAUUGCCUCCAAAGUCCGCCGCGUGGUCCAGCUGGCAAGGGAGGAAGUCCAGAAUGGAAAGUGUGUGGUGAUCGGCCUUCAGUCCACCGGUGAAGCAAGAACGCUGGAGGCCUUGGAGGAAGGGGGCGGAGAACUCAAUGACUUUGUGUCAACUGCGAAAGGUGUGCUGCAGUCCCUGGUUGAGAAGCACUUUCCCGCUCCAGACAGGCAGAAGCUUUACAGCCUGCUGGGUAUCGAUAUGCCGACAAAGAAAACGCCCUCCCCGAGCGACGGCGUCACCGAGCCCGAACAGAAGGGAAAGAAGAGGAAAGGGUCAGAAGUAAAAAAGCAGCAGCAGAAAAAGAAGCCCCGAACGCACGGCGGCUUGUCGGGUACCAGUUCAGAGGAGAGCGGGUCUGAGGAGUCGGACAAAGAGUCGGGAAAAGACAGCGACGACAGCUUCAAGUCCGUCAGCUCAGCGGACGAAGACGACGACUUCAAUCCGUUCAGAGACGAGUCUGAUGACGACGACGAAGAUGAUCCAUGGCUCAUCAGGAAGGAGCCAAAGAGAGGGAAAGAGAAAAAGAAGAAGAAGAAGAGGAGGAAGAGCAUCGACCCAGACUCCAUUCAAAGUGCCUUGUUGGCCUCGGGGCUGGGCUCCACCAGGCCCGCUUUCACCGCCCCCGUCAACCCCACCCACACACCGGCUGCAGCGGCGAAGGCAGAAAGUCAGGACAGCUGCCAGACGAGCCAGGACUCCGUCGAACUCGCCCAGAAAAUGAAGAAAGAGCUACUGGAACGCCUGGAGCAGCUGGCAGAGUAUCUGCCCCCCAACACUCUGGAUGAGCUCAUAGAUGAACUGGGAGGGCCGGAAAAUGUCGCAGAGAUGACCGGCCGCAAAGGCCGUGUGGUCAGUAACGACGACGGCAGCAUCACCUACGAGUCUCGCUCUGAGCUGGACGUCCCUGUGGAAAUCCUCAAUCUCACAGAAAAGCAGAGAUUCAUGGAUGGAGAGAAGAACAUAGCCAUCAUCUCGGAGGCCGCCAGCUCGGGGAUUUCCCUGCAGGCCGACCGGAGAGUGAAGAACCAGCGACGGAGGGUCCACAUGACGCUGGAGCUGCCGUGGAGCGCCGACAGAGCCAUCCAGCAGUUCGGGAGAACGCAUCGAUCCAACCAGGUCACAGCUCCAGAAUACGUCUUCCUCAUAUCAGAGCUGGCAGGAGAGCAGAGAUUUGCAUCCAUCGUCGCCAAAAGACUCGAGAGCCUGGGGGCGCUGACUCACGGUGACAGAAGAGCCACGGAGACGCGAGAUCUCAGCAGGUUUAAUUUUGACAACAAAUACGGCAGAAAUGCUCUGGAAAUAGUGAUGAAGUCCAUCGUGAAGCUGGAUUCUCCCUUAGUUUCUCCGCCCUCUGACUUUAAAGGGGAUUUCUUCAAAGAGAUUCAGAGUGGCUUGAUAGGUGUGGGCCUCAUAAAUGUGGAGGACAGGUCUGGAAUGCUGUCUCUGGACAAAGACUACAACAACAUGGGGAAGUUCCUGAACCGAAUUCUCGGCAUGGAGGUCCAGCAGCAGAACGCUCUGUUCCAGUACUUUUCCGACACGCUGGCGGCGGUGAUCCAGGAAGCCAAGAAGAACGGCCGAUACGACAUGGGAAUUCUGGACCUGGGCUCUGGAGAUGAGAAGGUGAAGAAUGUGGACUGCAGGAAAUUCCUAACGCCGGGUUACACCGCAUCGGGACACGUGGAGCUCCACACCGUCAGCGUGGAGAGGGGGAUGUCCUGGGAGGAGGCCACACACGCCUGGGCCGACCAGAACGGACCUGACGACGGCUUUUACGUGCAGAUGAGAAACAACAAGAAAACAGCCAUACUGGUCAAAGAGGUGAACACCAAGAAGAGGCUGUUCCUGGUGUACCGGCCCAACACCGGCCGGCAGGUCAAGCUGGAGACCUACACCGACAUCAAGAAGAAGUUCAAAAAGGUGUUGUCAGAAGACGCCAAGCAGCACUGGACUGAUCAGUACAACUCGUCAGCAAAAAUAUGCUCCCAUGCGUUCUGGCGCGGGAACUGUAAGAAGGCCUCGGUGGGCCUGCAGUGCGAGGUGGGCCUGCGCUGCAGGACCUACUACGUCCUGUGCGGCUCGGUGCUCAGCGUGUGGAACGAGCUGGAGGAGGUGCUGACGCCGGUCAGCGGAACCAACGUGAAGGUCCAGAUCGUCCGCCUGCGAACGGAGGACGGGCAGAGGAUCGUCGGACUCAUCAUUCCAGCGAACUGCGUGUCUCCGCUGAUCAACAAGCUGUCGACGUCGGACCAGUGCCAGCAGCUGGCCGUGCAGGAGCAGCAGAAGAGGCAGCAGCUCCACCCCCAGAGCCUCAGCCACGCCCCCAACACAUAGGGCCCCGCCCGCCCCCCCCCAGGCUCUGAGGUGUGGCGCCAGGCUGCGGGACUCGUGGACACAAACAGCGGCUGUACAGAGACUUUAAAGGAAAAAAAAAGGAAAAGUUCUGAACUCCAGAAGCUCUUGUUUUCACGCGGAGGUCCUCGGACGCCCAGAGAGAGGUCUCUGACGAGGUUAGAGCCAGGAGGAGGGCGGGGUUGUGUCUGGUUCCCGCCCAGUGGCGCUUUAAGCCGUUUUAUCCGGUCCGAGAGGGAGACAGACUCUCGGGGUCCAGGCUGAAGCAGAACCACAGAGUCCGGAGCCCCGGGGACUCGUCAGACGGGCGUCCGGAGCUCACGUCGGACGUCGUCCAGCUGGGAAAAAAAUGUCUUUGCAGAGACCAAACUCCCCCCCAGGACCCACCGCUUUGUCAAACGUGCCUUUGCGUCAGCCGAUGCAACUGGUGCGUUCAGGCACCCGGAGGCCGCGCGGACACGCAGAGUCCGGUCAUCCGUCGCCGCGCGAUAUAUUUUUAUUUAAAGUGCAUGAAACCGUUCUGCGAGUUUGGGGGCGUUUUUCUGUUGGAUUUGCAGCCGAGUUUAGCAUUUAGACGACGUUUAAUGAGUCAUUUGAGACAUGAUAGUAUUAAGAAGUCACCUUGUUAAACUGCUCCCUAGUCCAGUCGUUUCUUUAUAUUCUCAGUUGUUUCAUAUCGUUCAGCGUAAGUUUUCGAUCGGUGAGAGAUCGUUUGAAGUCGUUGCUCAAAGCUGUGCUUGAGUUGGGUUCCUUCGCCCCCACACGACCACAAAAUGCCAUUUUAUUUGCUAUUCAUUUAGACUUUGUUUUAAUUUAAACCAGAAAAUCAGCCCAAUCUCUGAGGAAUCGGAGCUUUCUCGUGUCUUUUUUUUCCGUUUGGUAAAACUCAGCUCAGGGGUGAAGCCGUUAACCGGAGGAGGUCCUCUCCUCCAGCCUCUGCCUGCUGGUGCCCCCCCCCCCCCAUAAAUACCCUCCUUCAGCCUCUAAUGAGCGUUUAGGGUAAACCUGCACUGACCGGGCCAGAGGCUCCGUUCCCGUGGAGACUGUACAGAAGCACGACGUCCGUCGGGGGGUCUGAACUCGAAUGUGCACCUUGUAAAAUCCCGCCUCCGGUAUUCGUCCUCUGGGAUGUCGUGUGCAGGAGUUUUCCUUUGUGUCCGUUUGUCUGAAAAACACAAGACGUCUCGGCCGAUGGGCGAAACACUUGAAGGACUUUUUCUCUUUUCAUGGUUUCUCAAAUCGACGCACGAGUUGCACUACUGACAGAGUUGUACAAAAAUGAAACGUUACCUGUACAUGAUUGAGUGUAAUGCUCAAUAAAGCUUGAUAUACU